AUGUCAGCAACAUGGCUUUGGCCUCCUUUGGUUGAAGUUUUGGACAAUUGGGAGUUGCCUCCUGUGUUGAUUGAAAGAUAUAAUGCAGCUGGUGGAGAAGGAACAGCUUUAUGUGGUAUUUUUCCAGAAAUACGAAGGGCAUGGGCAUCAGUCGAUAACUCCUUAUUUCUUUUGCGAUUUGAUAAGUGCGAUGGUCAAUGUCCCAAAUAUAGUGGGGAAGAACAAGCAAUUUGUGCUGUUGGUUUGGCAAAAGCCAAGCCUGGUGUUUUUGUUGAAGCCAUCCAGUAUCUUCUUGUGUUGGCAACUCCUGUUGAGGUAAUUUUAUCUCACUAUAUCAUUCAUGCAUUAGCGGUGCUAUGAGGUGAUAGCAGUGUUUCGUUAUUUCCUCUUGAACAUUUCCAGUUUCUUACCAUUCCAUCUGAUGGAGUCACCAUGACCUGCAUCACUUGCACUGAUAAGGGUCUCAUAUUUCUGGCUGGCCAAGAUGGCCAUGUUUAUGAACUGCAAUAUACGACUGGUUCAGGUUGGCAAAAGCGCUGUCGUAAAGUUUGCUUAACUGCUGGUCUUGGGAGUGUUAUCUCGAGGUGGGUUGUGCCUAAUGUUUUCAAAUUUGGAGCCAUGGACCCAAUCGUUGAAAUGGUCGUUGAUUCGGAGAGACACAUUUUAUACGCACGUACAGAGGAGAUGAAAAUUCAAGUAUUCUCUCUUGGGCCGAAUGGAGAUGGCCCGCUGAAGAAGGUGGCAGAAGAGAGAAACUUGAUCCCUCAGAGGGAGUCAAACUAUGGGUCCAGACAACAAGCAGGGUCAAGGGCCCCUUCUCGUCCAACAAAGCCUUCUAUAGUUUCUAUAUCACCUUUAUCUAUGUUAGAAUCAAAGUGGUUGCAUCUCGUUGCCGUUCUGUCAGACGGGCGAAGAAUGUACCUUUCCACUACCACCACUACUGGUGGAAGUGGUGGGGCUGCUGGAGGUUUUGGUGGUCUUGGUAACCGGGACCAAGUUGCUUGAAGGUUGUGACGACAAGGCCAUCUCCUCCUAUAGGGGUGAGUGGUGGGCUUGCUUUUGGAGCCCUGUCUCUUGCUGGUGGAAGAUCACAGAAUGACGAUCUAUCUCUGAAAAUCGAGUCAGCCUAUUAUUCUUCUGGGACUCUUGUCCUUUCUGAUACAUCUGCAUCUGCUGUGUCGUCACUUUUGAUCGUGACCAGGGAUUCUACAACCCAAUCUCUCUCAUCUGCUGGCUCGGGAACUGGUUUAAGGAGUGCUCGCGCCCUCCGAAAAUCAGUGUUGUCUCUUCCUGUGGAAGGCAAAAUGCUUUUUGUGGCAGAUGUCUUGCCCCUUCCGGACACAGCUUCAGUCGUACAGUCUCUAUAUUCAGAAUUUGAACUCUGUGGAUUUCGUAGCUCAUGGGAGUCCUGUGAAAAGACUUCUAGUAAACUUUUGGCUAGAGGUGAUCUGUUUACUCAACAUAUAUUACCACGAAGGAAGAUAGUCAUAUUCAGUACCAUGGGUAUGAUGGAAGUAGUUUUCAAUAGACCUAUUGACAUUCUGAGACGACUACUGGAGUCCAACUCGCCAAGAUCACUUCUUGAGGACUUCUUUAACCGUUUUGGUGAAGGAGAGGCAGCCGCAAUGUGCUUGAUGCUUGCUGCACGUCUAGCGAACAAUGAAACCUUCAUAAGCAAUGUUGUGACAAAGAAAAGCAGGUACUAACGGUCCACUGGGCCUUCAAAUCGAAAUCGCAGUCUAUAUAUACAGCAGCUGCUAGUAACUCUACAAUGUCUGCAAG